UACAGUACGCUUUGUAUACUUAAGACAUGAGGUUAUCUUAAAUUGUUGUACUGCUAGAUUGAAAAACUGUUUUAGAAUAUUUCCUCUGAUAAUGUUUUCCCUUGUUUAAAAGAUUCGUUAAACAUAUUUAGUUUCAAAAUGACGACAUCGGACUUGCAUAAUUUCCAUGCAGCCGACUAUGCGGUUUUUGGCGGCAUGUUGCUCGUUUCAAUGGGAAUUGGGAUUUACCAUGCAUGUGCAGGAGGAAAACAAAAAAGUACAAAGGAAUUUCUGAUGGCAAAUCAAAGUAUGAGAUCACUACCUGUAGCAUUGUCUAUUCUUGCAAGUUUCUUUUCAGCAUCAACUCUACUCGGAACACCAGCGGAAAUAUACGAGUAUGGUACCCAGUACUGGGUUUCUGUGUUCGGAGCUAUGUUAGCUCCAGUGACUGGAGCACUUCUAUUUGGACCUAUGUUUUUUAAGUUGAAAGUUGUUAGUGUUUUUCAAUAUUUGGAAGAAAGAUUUCAGUCCAAAUCUGUACGUUUAUUUGGUGCCUUGAUUUUUCUUGUUAGAACUAUCAUUGGUAUGGGCAUUGUUCUUUACGGUCCAUCAACUGCAUUGAGUGCUGUGACAACAUUUCCAGAAUGGGCAGUAAUUUUAGUUGUUGGUGGAGUGUGCACAUUUUACACUACCAUUGGUGGAUUAAAGGCGGUAAUUUGGACUGACGUAUUUCAGACAUUGGUUAUGUUGGCAGGAAUGCUUGCAGUGAUAAUCAAGGGUGCCAUCGAAGUUGGAGGCGGAUAUGAGUUAUGGAAUAUUGCCGAUAGAGGAAAAAGAAUAGAGUUUUUUAGAUUUGAUCUUGAUCCACAUGUAAGACAUACCUUCUGGGCAUUAACCAUCGGUAUUUACUUUGUUUGGCUGGCACCAUAUACUGUGGAUCAACAAAUGGUGCAAAGAUUUUCUUCUGCACGAUCAUUAAAAGAUGCAAAAACGGCCUUGCUUCUUAAUGUUCCUUUUAUGUUCAUCUUGAUAACACUGUGUUCAUUUACUGGUUUAGUUAUGUUUGCUUUUUAUGCUGACUGUGAUCCACUCAAGACACACGAGGCCGAAAAUCCUAACCAGCUUCUGCCUCUAUUCGUUGUGGAACUGUUUAGGGACGUUCCUGGAAUACCGGGUCUGUUUGUUGCAUGUCUGUUCAGUGGAGCAAUGAGUUCAAUAUCUUCAAUGUUAAACUCGUUGUCUGCUGUUACGUGGGAAGAUUUUCUCAAGUUGAAAUUUUACAAGGUGUCUGAUGAGAGAGCCACAUUUGUCACGAAAUGUCUCGUAUUAUUGUUUGGCUGCCUAGGCAUAGGUAUGGCAUUUGCUGUUAGUAAUAUGGGCGGUUCUGUAUUACAGGCAUCAAUCACUUUGAACGGAGCUGCUGGUGCUCCAUUGGUAGGACUGUUUAUACUAGGAUCUUGCUUUACUUCAGCGAAUUGGAUAGGUGCCCUAAUUGGUGGAGUUGUUGGUUUUGCUUUUCCUAUGUGGUGCGGAAUCGGAAAGUAUACAAAUGAUCCCCAAAACUUUAAGUUAUCAACAUCAACUGAAGGAUGCAACUUGACAGCGUUGAACGGUUCUGUGUUUCAAGUUGUAAAUAAUACAGAAUUGGAAGGCCUCCAGCAAUUAUAUGGACUGUCCUAUAUUUGGUUCAGUAGUAUUGGCAUCUUAAUAGUUGUUAUUGUUGGAUUGUUUGUGAGCUUUUUGACAGGGGUUACGGAGCAUGUAGAUGAAAACUUAAAACUGCAUUUCUGGCAAAAAUUCGUUUACUGUCUGUGUCCAGUGAUGGGAUCUACUAAAAAAGAAAAAGAAAUGAAACAGUUUCUUGAAAACUUGAAAAACGCACCAUCAUUAGACAUUUUACAAACCAAGAAACCUAUAUUAGCAGCAAUGAUAGAUACUAACACAGGGGCGUUGGUGUUACAAAAUGGCACAACUGGUACAUCAAUAGAAAACACUUUUUCUGCUGAAAAUGGAAACGAGGCAGACGAAUCGGAAGAAGGUCAUAGCACAAAUACAAACGAACAGAUUGAUGACAGUAUAGAUAUGGAUAUUUCCGAAAACCAAACGGACGGUAUCAUAGAAAAUGUAUCUUCUUCCGGUAUUGAUGAACAUAACACAACUUAUACAGAGACAGACAAACAUUUGGAUACAAAUGAAAUUGAGGAAGUCACCAAUUCCCAUUACGAAACAGUGAUAAACAAUAUCGGUACUGCAAAAGAUGUUAAUGAUAUUUUAGAUGAUAUUGAUAUUAUUGUAUCAGAAGCUGAAGAUACAAAAAGGGAAGGAAGCGAGGAUAAUGACAAUGAGAAUAAUUUAUAGAGAAUAUAUGAUGUUCAAACAACAAAGUAGGAUAGAUAUAAAAAAAAAAUGAAAGUUCGGCAAGAUUAAGAUGCGCUAGCUUUAAUGAAGAAAAAUUAAACAUUUGUUAGCUAUAAACAGUAAAAGAGAUUUAAGAAUAUUCAUCAUGCUUAUAAUGACUUGAAAAGUCAGAUGUAAUGCAAACCGGCUAUUGGUACUUAACGGAACGGAACGGAACGAAACGGAACGGAACGGAAUUUCAUUUAAGGUAUCCAAAGGGGGCAUUUAUCAAAAUUUCGAAAAAUCUUUAAAACAAAACAAACUUUAAAAUUUCUGUGUUUUACGGUUUUCCAUAUACAAAUAACACAAAU